GGAGGGAAAAAAAUUUGAAAAAACCGGGACAAAAAGAGGGAAAAGAAACAAACAGCUGAACGAAACGAACCCAGAUGUCUUGCUUUAUUGACAAGUGCAUUGAGCGAGUUUCGAAAAGGUGAAUUUUGAUUCGAAUCUGAUCGCGGCUAGACAAGAAAUCAAAGCACACUCUGUAGAUUCUGUACGCAUUGGUAAUGUAGCCUUGGAGUAAUUUGGAUUUUUCAAAUCGUAGAUGGCUCUAAUUCCACUGAUUCAACACCCGUGUAUUGUUGAAUUUAAGGAAGCAUGUGUAGAGAAGGAUAUGACAGGAUUAAUAAUUAAAAUACACCGAUUGUCCAUUGGUCCUUUACCUUGACCGAACCGAAGAGAUGGCUUUUAUACCGAAAUGAGACUGUACUCGGAAAAAGUCCGCCAUCGUUCAUCCCCCUCCUUGAAAACACUUAUGAUCUUCCUCCCGCUACUGAUGAUGCCAUACAUCUUAUAAGGCUUGGUAGUUUCCAAGUUGGGAUUGAUCAGCCCGUGAUAGAAACUGUGAUGGGUAUGGAUGUUGGGAAGCUGAUAAAUCCAGCAAGGGAUGAAAGCCUUGCAAAUUUUUUAACUCUGAAGUCAUCUACUUGCUCCGAAAUUAUGAGUCUGAAUUCAAAUAUGGUUGGCAAAGAGUGAUACAGGGAUGAUUCUUGAGGACAAUGCAUGCAGUUCAUAAAUCAUGUAUUCUGCGGGGUUAGGAGGACAAACAGUCCAUGGAUGCGUUCAUGUGAGCGUAAACGUCAAGAUGUAGCCAGUGAAACGACAAAUGAACUUGGGGUAUGUAGGCAAGGAUGGAUCCUGUUCAAAUAAACAAAAAUUGUUAAUCGUCCAAGUGUCACACCGAAGCGUAACCGUACGAGGCUCAACUUCUGGUCAAACAUUGCAGGCAUUGUGAAGUUGGUGUACACGCUGAAUUUGCGAGACAAACACCUUGUCCAUCUUAAAAAAACACUAUUCUGGUUGAUGUUUGAAGCAAUUUUGAUAAAUCAACUUGACCACGUAGAGUUCCGCAAAGGGGACGACCUAGUGGUAAAUAUCAUCCGGGCAUACAAUGCACGGGAUGGGACGUUUCGCGCAGGCGGACAAAGCGUGUGCGUAAGCGAUGAUGACAUCAAGUUAAUAUUUGGGAUCCAAUGUGGUUUUGGUUGCCUUGAUUUGACCCCUCGACCUAAGCCACCGUCCGACUUUGUACAACGUAGGUGUCGUAACAUUAAUCACAUAACCUCGAAACUGAUAUGGACCCUACUAGUCGAAGCUGCGAAGGGCAGUACUGCUCGUGAUGUGGAAGACACCGCAGAGCUGCUAUGCUUAUAUGCUUGUGGGAAAUUAUUCUUCUCAAAUUUUGAGGAAACAAUCAACUGGGCGCUAAUCCGAUAUGUGGAUAAUUUGGAUGCAAUGAAAACGUACGAUUGGACAGGUGCAAUCCGUAGCUCGUUGAUGAGUUCGGUGAGGGACUUCUAUCGAACACCUGAAAAAGUAACCGGAUAUGUCGUCGCAUUGAUGUAUUGGCUGUGUGAACAUUCAACGAUCAUAUUGCUCGUAUCCGCAACCGCGUUUCCCAGGUUUCUUAAGUGGGAUGUUACCACGUUAGUAACAGCUGCACAUGUGGUCAAUCUAUCAGGGCAUGUAGAUUUUGAGGUGACAGCUGGACGAUUGAUUACAAAAGAUCAUGAGGUUAAGAUUUUGGAGGUAGAUGGGGUAAACUGUGCUAGGAGUGCGGGAAAUGCAGUGGAGGAAUUCUAUGGUAGUGUACAUGAGGAUAAUUUUGUUGAUAUGGGUAUGGAAGGUAAUGUGACGGGUGGUGACGGUGGAAUUAUGUUAGAAAUGUAGAACAUGGUUCAGCGUCGGUCCAUAUUAAGACACCAAACAGGACUAUUACACGAAACGCAAGAAAGCACACAAUGGACGUGCGGCCACACAUUUGCCAUGCUAUAGAGAAAAUUACAGAGUUUGAACUGGAAAUCAACGAGAAAGACGGUGUGAUUUCAGAGUUACGGGCAGAAGUGGACACACUGAGGUAGGCGAAUGAGGUGCAAACGUUGUAUCUUGUUGGAGGAUUUUGUAGCUUGAUGCAAGCUAAGGACAACGAGGUGAAGAAACUCACCACUGAAAAUGCUAAAUUGAAAAGGGUAGUAAAUGUUUUAGAGGAGCAACUUGCUAAGCGCGAAGUGCAUA